AUGCGUAAACGGGUCAAGAGCCAGGUGUGCGAGAACAUCGGGCUGUACGCCAGCAAGUACAGGGAGGAGUUCGAGCCUUACCUCGAGCGCUUCGUGACGGUCGUGUGGGAGCUGCUGUCCUCCACCUCCCUCGCCCUCAAGUGCGAUCAGAUGGUAAGCCACGCCAUCCACUUCCUUAGCAGCGUGGCGGAGCGCGACCACAACAAAGGCUUCUUUGAGAACGAGGCCGUCCUGUCCGGCAUAUGCGAGAAGGUCAUCCUGCCCAACAUGCAGCUCAGGG